AUGGUCUGGCUCAUCAAUAAUGAGUUGGAUUACGAUAGAGCUAAAGCGGUGGUGUACAUAGCCCGUGAGCCGAGGGACGUGGUAGUCUCAUACUACUAUCAUAAUAAAUUAACGAGGUUUAUUAACGAUGAACCCGACUUUAAAUCAUUUUGGAACCUUUUCAAGGACUCUGAAGUAAUUUGGUCACCGUUUUUCCCACACGUUCAGGAGGCUUGGGAGAAGCGUAAUAAUCCCAAUUUGUUGUUUUUAUUCUACGAAGAUCUUCUGAAGGACCUUCGAGGCAAUGUGCAGCGUGUUGCAGAGUUCUUCGGUAAAUCACUGACAAGCGAACAAUUAAAUGAAUUGUCCGAACAUUUGACUUUUGACAAUUUCAAGAAGAACAAGGCAGUCAACCUCGAAGGCAUGAAUAAAAUCGGUGUAUUUACUAAAGAUGGCGCUUUUAUAAGACAAGGUAAGUCCGGCACUUGGCGAGACCACUUUGAUCCUGAAAUGACUUUAGAAGCAGAUCGUUGGAUCAGUGAAAAUCUACAAAACACGGACCUGCGCUUUCCAAACAUGGAAAGUUGAAGAUACAUAAUAUACCUAACCAGAAUAUUUAUUAAUAAUAAGUAAUCUGAAGAUUUACUGGAUUCUGCGCAAUUUACAAAUCAAAAAUAUUUUUUCACUGACUGGCAAAUAAACUAACCGUAAAGAUAAAACAAUAACAGAACUUACUUAAAAUAAAUAUUUAGUAUAAAAU